CUCGGGUGCUCGUCGACGGAGGAGCGACUUUGAAAGCAUCCGCGUUGUACAGCGGAGCUUUGCCCUCCGCUUCGGCCGUCCGUGCACGAGAUGCAGCUCCACUUGCCGAUCGCGGCGUUUGUCCUCAUGAGCGCGGCCAGCGCCAAGAAAUACGGGCGCUGCGAACUGGCCUCCAUUCUCGUGCGCAACGGCAUUCCCAGGAAUCAAGUGCCCGAUUGGAUCUGCUUGGCAACAGCAGAGAGCUCUCUCAAUUCCAAGGCCGUUCACAGAAACCGAAACCACUCUACCGAUUAUGGCAUUUUCCAGAUCAACAACGGCUACUGGUGCAGUCCGGGUCGGCACAACAUCUGCAAGGUUUCCUGUUCCGCCUUGAAGUCGGAUAACAUCCUCCCGUCUAUCAAGUGCGCAAAGCAAAUCUACAAAAGACAUGGAUUCAAUGCAUGGUAUGGAUGGAAGCGCAAGUGCAAAGGAAAGAAGCUCUCCUCCUACGUCAAGGGGUGCCGAUAUUGAUCUGGCGUGCCGCUGAAUUACUACCUGCACGACCCAAGCAUUUGCAACGUAGCCUUGAUAUAUUGGCGCCUGACCUUCUGUCAGUGAGUGCUCCUGUUCACACACGUAAUAAAGGAGUCAGUGUUACCAUUGCA